AUGUCCAGUGAUAGUGAUGAUAGUACUACUAGCAAGGUUUGUCCUAGCAAAAAGUUGAAAUCCGGACAUAAGAAACAGAAAUUUCGGCGGGAAUGGCUUAAAAAUCCAGAUUACCAAGCAUGGUUGCGACCAGUAGAAGAUAAUUAUAAAGCUAAAUGUGUUCUUUGUAGCAAGGAGUUUGUUUCAGAGUUAAGCAAUGUUAAGAAACACUUAACUUCAAACAACCAUAAAAAAUUAUCAAACAUAAAGCAAAGUACAAGCUCUUUGUACAAUUUUGCUAGUUCCUCAAACUCAACGACUGACGAUGUUAAUGUUAAAGAGGCCGAAAUAAUGCUUAGCGCUUUUUUUGCGGAACACAACAUUUCUUUCCGUGUAAUGGACCACCUAACACCUUUACUUCAAAAGAUGUUUCCAGACUCAAAAAUUGCUAUUAAAUUAGCUCUUAAAAGAACAAAGACCAAAAAUAUUAUAACAAAUGUUAUUGGUGAUAGCUAUAAAGAUAAUCUUACAAAUAUCUUAAAACAAAGGAAGUUUAGUGUUUUAAUAGAUGAGUCAACAGACAUUGCUGUGACUAAAACAGCAUGUAUUGUUGUGAAAUAUUUUGAUCCAAAUGAAAACAGAGUUUGUACAUCUCUGUGGGAAUAUAUCCCCACGUUUGAGGAAAAUAAAGACUCUAGAGGUCAAGGCACUGCAGAACAUUUGUACAAUUUAGUUAUAAAUACCUUUGUACAGAGAAAGGUUCCUUUAUGCAAUAUUGUUGGCUUUGCAUCUGAUGGAUGCAACAUGAUGAUGGGUCGAUACAACUCUGUUGCUUCUAGAUUUAGAGAGCAGUGCCCAGGAAUAGUAAUUUUUAAAUGUAUAUGUCACUCUUUACACAUAUGCUGCAGUCAGGCAUGUAAAAAUUUGCCAAGAACGUGCGAGGAUUUGGCGCGUAAUGUGUAUACAUUUUUUAAUGCAAGCUCUAAAAGGCAGUUUGAGUACAAAGAGUUUCAGAAGUUUGCUGAAGUGGAAAUUCAUAAAAUAUUGCAUCCCUCGCAGACGCGGUGGCUCUCAUUGGGGCAAGUAGUCACUAGAAUUCUGGAACAAUGGCCAGCAUUACAACUAUUCUUCAACAAAAAAUACUUGGAAGAGCGACUUUUAGCUGCAGAACAAAUUCAUUCAAGUCUAAAUGAUCCUUUUAUUAAAAUGUACUCUUUUGAAUCCAUUGAUGAAACGCGUCUCAAGUGCUGUAAAGAAGAGCUAACCUCCAAACUCCCACCUCCCGGGCAAAGUGUACAGGAACUUGCUGUCUUAAAGCAGGAAAACAUGUGUUUGCGUAAACUUCUUGAAAAAAGUGAACGUGAAUGUAAACUGCUGAAUAGCAACAACAAACUUUUGUGUGAAAACAAAGCUUUACUAGAAGAAAAGUUGGUUUCCCUACAAAGCAAAUCAAUUGGAAUCGAUAUCAAUCAAAUUAAGAAACCUGAAAGAAAAACAAGUACUUCUGCUAUCGCGCAACAGAUGCCGCCUACGUCUACGUUAAUUAAUAAAAAUAAAUAA